UAAGUCUUUUAUUGGGCUACGCUUGCUCAGUGAUAAGUUUGAAGGUUCUAGAAAUAGGUUUCAAAGAUUGCUGCAGUGGAAAGCGGGGCUGACGAAUUGUUACAUACAAUGCUUUGGUUUGAGGGCUCUAUCCCUGCUGCCAUCGCAUCAGCCAAACAGAAAAACUCCGUCUUUGUCGUCUUUAUUGCAGGAGAAGAUGACCAAUCCACACAGAUGCUUUCAAGUUGGGAGGAUGAGAAAGUGGCAGAAGCUACAACACAAUCUUUUGUUGCAAUUAAAGUUGACGCCAAAAGUGACACUUGUGUGCAGUUUUCCCAGAUCUACCCUGUUGUGUGCAUCCCUGCCAGUUUUUUUAUAGGAGACAAUGGGAUUCCCCUUGAGGUAAUCGCUGGGAGUGUCCCAGCUGAACAGCUGGUGAACCGAAUUGAAAAAGUCAAACAGAUGCACGUACAGCAGAAGAAUGUAAAGGUGGGAGGAGCUGAUGAAAACCAGGUUGCCACAGGGCAGCACUCUGCAUCCUUGGUCACCCCAGAUUUAACCAGCCAGUCACAGAGCUUACCUUCAGAAACCAAUCAGCCAAAUGGUUCACAUCUAUCUGGUGCAGAGCCAGAAAAUGUUGCUGCAGCAGCAUCAAAAGAAUGUCUGUCUAAAUCUGUGGAGGAUGAAGUGCAUUCAGGUCAGCCAAGUCCAGCAGAAGAAAUAAGCGUCUCCUCUGAAGACUCCUCAGUAAGUUCCCAGCCAGAAGAAGACCUUAAUAUCAAGGUGGAAAGGUUGACGAAGAAACUUGAAAAAAGCCGAGAGCAAAAGAACAGAGAAGAAGAGGAGAAUGAAAUAAAGAAGGAAGUGGAACGCAGGAAAGUUGGCAAAGAGAUAAUGGAUUUUAAGAAGAAAAAUGAAGGCGAGAAGACCAAGCGAAUGUUGGAGGAAAGGAACCGGGAGAAGGCAGAGGAGAAGGCAGCAAGGGACAGAGUGAAACAACAGAUUGCACUGGAUCGGGCUGAUCGAGCCGCUCGCUAUGCAAAGACCAAGGAAGAAGUGGAUGCAGCCACGGCUGCGGCUCUUCAGGCCCGACAGGCUGAACUAGUUGCUAAGAAGCAGACUUCUCAGAAGGAAAGAAGUGCAAUAGCCAGGAUACAGUUCAGACUCCCAGAUGGAUCAUAUUUUACUAAUCAGUUUCCUUCAGAAACCAGGCUAGAGGAGGCCAGGCAGUUUGCUGCACAGGAAGUGGGUAAAAAGUAUGGCAAUUUUUCACUGGCCACCAUGUUUCCCAGGAGAGAAUUCACAAUUGAAGAUUUUGGCAAAACUCUGCUUGAGCUUGAGUUGGCACCAAGUGCCGCAAUAGUAUUGCUACCGCAGACGGGGAGAUCGGCUGCAGCGGUGGUCCAGUUCUCUGGAGGUGGGAUCUGGGGUGUCCUGGGUACAAUCUUCUACCCGCUCAUUGCAGUCUGGAGGUUCAUCAACAACUUUCUGUUUGCUAGUCCACCACCCCCUGGGUCUUCCACGAGACAGCCUUCCGAGCCAGAGCACUCGCAGCCUUCGACGUCCACUGCAGCGGAGCCAAAGAGAGAAACAAUUCGAAAACGAGUUCUUGAAAAACAUACAGAUGACUUUAAAAAAGAUGGUAAAAUCUACAGGCUAAGGACUCAGGAAGAUAAUGAGGAUGACAAUAACACUUGGAAUGGAAAUUCUACUCAACAAAUGUAGAAUAUGGAUACCUACUAACGUGCAAUAUUUCUUAUUUGGUUUCAUUAAAUUGUAAUUAUAUUGGCGAAUUUAAUACAAGACGGCUUAUUUUGUCUACAUGCCUCUAAACCUUUUAACUGAUCCUUUGCAUUGGUGAAUAUCAAUAGGUGACUCCAGACAGCUGUGAGCAGAUUUUGUUUAAUUUUGUUUUAUUGUAUCCUGUUAGCCCAGUUUCAUUUUUGCUUAAGUGUGAAGACUUUGCACUACUGUACUUUGGAAUAUUUGUACCUUGGCUAUAAGAAAUAGGAUUUGGUUAUGCAUGUGUUGGUUGUUAAAGCUUUUAAAAGCUAAUAAAAUGUAUUUAGUAAAUCUUGGAUUGAAUACAGUGCUGUAUGCUAAUGCUUGUCUGCCAGUUUGAACAAACUAAACUCCAAGAAGGUAUAAACUCCAGGAAUAUUAUAUAGUAGUUAGAGCUUCUGAAAUCAAAAGCUUAUGAGGAACUGGGGUGAUUUGCCAGGAGUUCAUGUGAUUUUUCUAUUUUAUCACAAUUCAAGGAACUUGGAAUUUUUGCAGGGCAUGUAGUUUCCUCAUAUUACUUUUAUGAUGGGUGGCCCUUUCAUUACUAGUAAUUUGAGACAUGGAUAUUCAGUAGCACUGCAUUCAAGGUAAGCUUUGGUAAAUACAAGCAAAUUUGCUUUUAGCUUAAAUCACAUGGCCUAAACAUAUCCCAACUGAAGUUUGUGAACUUGAAGGAAGCCUGGUUAGUUGAGAAUGUAGGAAAUGGUUUAUAAAUAUAAAGGUUUAAGUUUCCACCCCUUCUAUUUCCACAGGUUGCUAAAGCUAUGUAACAUUUUCUUCUAGUUUAAAAAAACUAGUGUUCUUUCCAGCGCUCAAUUAAUAACAAUAAAAAAAGGGUUUCAGCAA